AUGACGCCAAAGCCCUUAAAAGUCAUUAUCGCCGGCGGCAGCAUAGCCGGCCUCUCCUUAGCCCUGAUGCUAGAAAGGAAUGGCAUCGACUUCGUCGUCCUCGAAGCCUACCCGACUAUCGCGCCUCAAGCGGGGGCCAGCAUUGGCGUUCUGCCCAAUGGCCUGCGCAUACUCGAUCAACUGGGGUGCUGCAAUGAAGUGGUUGAUAUGGCUGAGUAUCCUGUGGAAAAGGUGCUCUUUCGAGAUUCGGCUGGGCAAACGUUUUGGUCUUUGGACGAUUUUGGGAGGGAGAUGGUUGAUUGUCAUGGGUAUCCUGUUGUAUUUCUCGAUCGCCGGAUGUUGAUCCAGAUACUGUACGACAAGAUCGAAGACAAGUCCAAGGUUCUCACUUCGGAAAAGGUCGCUACUGUCAAGAAUACCGCAUCGCAUGUCACUGUCACUACGCAGGCGGGCAACUCUUAUACGGGUGAUAUCGUCGUUGGAGCAGACGGGAUUCACUCAACAGUCCGGAAGCAAAUGUGGCAGGAAGCUCAACAGACCGACCCAACAUGCAUAGAUCCAUCAGAGGAGAAAGCCCUCCCGGCAACAUACGCAUGUGUAUUUGGUAUAUCCAAAGGCGUGCCCGGAAUCGAGAAGGGGACACUCAGUUCCGUGUUCAACGAACACACUUCAUAUCUCAUUCCCAGUGGCCCUGGUGACAGGACGUACUGGUUCUUAGUGAGAAAUCUGGGUAAGACCAUGUAUGGAUCGGAUAUCCCCCGGUUCACGAAGCGAGAGGAAGAAGCCCUGGUAAAAGAGCACUGGGAUGACUACGUUACGCCGACAGUGCGGUUCUCUGAUAUUUACGAGCAUAAGAUUAGCUCGGUGUAUACGAGUCUUCCCGAAUAUGUUUACAAAAAAUGGUAUUUUCAGCGGAUCAUGACGAUUGGUGAUGCCAGCCACAAGUUCGAGCCGAUCACCGGACAAGGCGGCAACAACGCCAUCGAAACAGCAGCCUCACUCACCAAUCACCUUAUAUCAGCGCUGAAUGCAAACGCCUCGCAGCCCCUAUCAACAGAGGAAAUCUCAUCCGUCUUUGGAAAAGUGCAACAACAACGACAUGACCGCGUCUGGGACCUAGUAAAAGCCUCCCAUGCACGCCAGCGCUUUGAAUGCAUGGAGACACCGACGCUCAAGUUCGUCGCCAAAUACGUAUUCCCGCUUAUCCCAAAGCAGGCCAUAAGGGAUCAAUGGAUACAAACGUACUGCCCGGCAGUUUCGUUGAAUAUGCUUCCUCAGCCCAACCGCCCGAGGAAGAUCCCGUAUCAUGAUGAACUGCUUAGAGCACCAGUAUCUCGUGGACCAUUGCAGUUUAUGGUGUAUGUGGCAUACAUAAGCCUCGCUUGGCUUGCAUUUCAACUUUUGUUUGUUGCCAUGGAGGGGAAUGGUACUCGGGAUCUGAUUCGAGAUGUUGUUAUCCGACCUAUGAUGACGGAAAAGGAAGUUCCUCUCCGUCAGGACUAUACCGGCUUUCAGGGGAUUGAUCGAAUCAUGCAGGUUUUGGUGGCUAUGUUUUUCUCGACAGUGACCAGCCCAUCUCCGCAGCAGAUCGUGCAGAUACUCUACUUCCUCACUGCGGUGCUCCCGUUGAUUACUAUCUUCACCGUCGAAGGCUUUCGACUCAAAAAUAAGUGGACGCUUCUUGCUCUGUAUGUCCCUAUUACCGUCUCCUUAUUGACUGCUGAGAACUGA